CCCCUCUACCUCUUGUCAGCAGUCUCUAACUGGAGCGCAUUCAGGAACUCAGCCAACCUCGAAGAACACCGUCUCUGUUUAAACGAAACAAAAGAGCGGCGGCGUAACCAUGGAAAAGAACGGGACCGCAGCGUCCUUGGAGCCUGAAAGAUUUUCUCACGCCGCCCCGACCUCAGACAAGGCAGGUGGUACCAUUCCCGGCUCAACGGCCCUAUCUGAAACGACAGCUCCGUCAUCGUCAUUACCGGCAUCGGUCUUGCCAACAGAGAGAGCAUCAACUACAGAAGGACCAAAAUCAGUAGCCACAGCAGAAGCUCCAUCCAAGCGACCAGACUGGGCUACAGGGGAUCCCUUUUUCGACACGAUGGCCGGUAUGGGUUCGCCAGAAUACCAACGCUACUACACCGGAAUAACCUAUAAUACCGAAAAGGGUGAUAAUCAGGACCAAGGCCUUGAGACAGAGGCGGCCGCAAUGACACUAGCAGAUCAGGACUCAGGGAGUGCGAAUAAAACCUGCUCGUCCACAGAAGCCUCGUCACCGGACUCGAAUACUGGUCUUGAUCAUUGGAACCGGACAAGAGACCAAUGGACAAAAGGAAGGUGGCAUGUGGUCCCAAGUGCCAAUAGCAACAAUCCAGCCCUGAGCGCCAUCAACCCAAAGAACCACGAUGCAAUAUAUGACAGUCUGGUGUAUGACCGGAAACGACUCUCGAAGCCGAUUCCGUUGCCACUGGUGAUCAAGGUGCUAGUAAGCGGUUGGAAAAGGGACGGUCUAUGGCAAGAGAGUCCGGCACAGCCACCAUCAGGACCAGGAUCAACCCCGUCUUCAGCACCCUCGCAAGGAAUAAACAGCUAUGUCCCAGGAUUCUCGUCAACCCACUCCCUGCCCAUUCAGAAGAAAUUGUAAAUGAUUCGUCUCUGGACCUUCAAUAAAGUAAUGAGUUAUGGGUCUUGAGAAUAACUAUCUAGCUAAAAAUUAGAAGGCGCGUGAGAAAGAGAGAGG